AUGAGAGAAGGCGACCAUCUGCCAUACGACGACAACAAAAACACCCACACCCACCACCGACGCCACUCCUCCAGAAUAGCAGCAGCAUCAUCAUCAUCCAGUGCGCACGACGAACUCGACACUCCGCGCCACUCGUCCUUUCCCUCCCAUCCCUCCCGGCCUCUGCCGUCCUUCCUCGUCAAGGCGUGCAGUAAUAUGCAUCCGCCCUCCUUCAAGCAGCUACUCACAACAUGCAUUGUCCUCACAGUCUGUCUUUUCCUUUACAGCAGGCGACUAUGGGCCAUCCCAACAUCACAAACCCAUGACGAGUGGGCAAGACCUCCGCCUGCACCCCAGCAGGACCAACGGCCUAACGACCCUACCGUACCCGCACCCCCGGGCGGCGACAAGGUCGAACACCAGACUCCCUUCCAACAAAUACCAUACCACUGGAACGACUACCAGCCUCUCCAAGCCUUCUUCCAUGGUGUCCGCACCCUCGUAGACUACAAGAAAUGGGUUCCUGAACAGCUCCAGGCGUCUCCAGACGUCAAGGUCGCCGACAAGAUCCCCCUGCAGCCCGCAGUUUCGAACCCUUACGCCCACCUCGAAGGCAUCGAGACCUGCUUCCUCGACAACGAGGGUACCGUGCCAGCUCCCGAUACCUUUUUCUAUCCCGGCAUACCCGCAAACAUGCCUGCUCCAUACUUUGGCGGUUAUGAAGAGCUAGGUCUGGCACACAAUCAAUGCUUCGAGCGUUUUGGCAGGCUCGGCCCAUAUGGUUACUCUUAUUCCAAGGCCGAAGGGGGCUUCGGGAUCGAGUCUGUUCCGUCUGGGGAGCAGGCGCUGGAGCAGAUGAUUCCCAAGGUCAACUACACCAACAUCAAGUGGGACCAGGUGCAAAAGAGGUGUCUCGAGAAGAACCGGGAGCGCUUUGGCUUGGACAAAGACGCUGUGAACAAGCCAGAUGGUGCGCUGUCGAGGCUGUGGUCCCAGGCCGAGAAGAUUGCUGGCAAGAAGCCUCUGGCUCGUAAUGCUCUCGUCCUGCGCGCGUGGACUGGCAUCGAUUGGUCGCCUAUGCGCAUCAUCACCACCAGGUCUCUCAUCAACGAGUUGUCCCUCAAGACGGGUGGUCAGUACGAUAUUCACAUCCUGAUGCACGUCACCGAUGACUCGAUCGAUAUCUCGAACCCGGAAACAGCGCGCAAGAUGGUCCAAGAGAACAUCCCCGAGGAGUUCUGGGACAUCACCACCCCGUGGUCCGUUCCAGCAAUGACCGAGUACUACCCUGGCUUCAAUGAUGAUAUGACCAUUGAGAACGACAGCGGAAAGCCCCUGUAUAGUGUCUACCGCAUCCCGCAUUUCGCGCUGCAAUGGUUCGCCCAGCACCACCCCGACUACGAGUUUUUCUGGAACUGGGAGCUCGACCUGCGCUACACUGGCAACUACUUUGAGUUCUUUGACGCCGCUGCUAAGUGGUCCGACAAGCAGCCGCGCAAGUACCUGUGGGAGCGCAACGAGAGGUACUGGAUCCCCGGCCUGCACGGAAGCUGGGAGGAUUUCGUCAAGCACGUCGAGAAGGAGACCAAGGCCAGCAACUUCCCCAGCCCCUGGGGCCCCAUCUUCAACGACGGUGUUGUGGACACAUCGACAUUCCCUCCUCACCCGAUGGAGAAGGACAACUACGAGUGGGGUGUGGGCGAGCCGGCUGACCUCAUUACGCUGAACCCGCUCUUUGACCCCGAGAAGAACGCGUGGUGCCUGCGCUUCGAUAUCACCGGCUACAACCAAUCAGUCCCACCGCGCCGCACGUCCAUCAUCACAAUCGGCCGCUUCUCGCGCCGUCUGCUGCAGGCCAUGCACGAGGAGGCGUCUCGCAACAAGCACACCAUGUUCCCCGAGAUGUUCCCUGGAUCAAUCACGCUGCACCAUGGCCUCAAGGGCGUGUACAUUCCACACCCCGUGUACUUCGACCGCCGCUGGCCACUGGACAGGCUCGACUCGGUCUUCAACCGAGCAGAGACACCCGAGUCGAGCGUGUACUACUUCCCCUUUACCCCUGGCACGGGCGAGGCCAACUUCCUGACGGCGAGUUACUACUACAACACCGAGUUUGGCCCACCACUGUGGCACCGAUGGCUCGGCCGCGAAUCCGGCGGCGGAGGUGGCCCCGAAUCGGAGAAGGAGACGGGGCGCAUGUGUCUGAGAGGUUCAUUGAUCCAUCCUGUGAAGCAGGACUUGGCGUCGGACAAGGCCAUUGGGGCGACGUAA